CUUCGGAGAGAUUGAAGAAAAGGAGAUGCACGAGACGCCAAGUGAGACUUUGGCGCAACUUUGAUGAAGACAGGAGCACGGGGCGGUGUCACACACAGGGACUCUCAUCCUUAUUUAGACUGGAACCGAGCAUCACUGCGGACAGCAUCACCACAUCUCCAUCAUUUGGCUUGGAUCUUGUAAGAGGAGAGAGCAAAUCUGUUUAACUCUUGCAAGGGAAUCGCGGAAUCGCGUUAGUAAGGUUGUUUGUGUGACUGCUGAAAAGCCAUGACCCUGAACGUCUCUGACCUAGGCUGGGAUGAGUCCUCAGGGGCAGAACCCUUCUCUCCUUUAGACCAACUGGGCAGCUCAUCUACGUAUGAAGUCCCGCCCCUCACAGUGUGGGGCGUGGCCCUGUGUGUAUCAGGAACUCUCAUUGCCACUGAAAAUGCAGUAGUUGUCACCACCAUCUUGGCCACCCCGUCUCUUCGUGCACCUGUUUUCCUGCUGCUUGCUAGCCUCGGAUUGGCCGAUCUCCUGGCAGGUGUUGCUUUGAUCUUGCACUUCCUCUUCCUGUUCUGCGUUGAGCCCAGUGAUUGGUCAGAAUUGCUGACCUCAGGACUGCUGGUGACAUCACUGACUGCCUCGCUCUGUAGCCUGAUGGGUGUUGCUUUGGACCGAUACCUGUCCUUAAGCCACGCCCUCACCUAUGGCUCAAGCCAAUCCCGUCACAGAGCCGCCGUCCUCCUGCUGCUGGUCUGGUUGGGCGCAUGUGUCAUUGGGGCGGGACCUGCAAUGGGAUGGCACUGUCUGGGAGAGCCAAACUCCUGUUCUGUAGCGCAACCUCUGACCCGGACAUACCUAUCGUUGCUGUGUGGUGGCUUCCUGGUGGUUGUAAUGGUAACCCUGCAAUUGUACGCUGGGAUCUGUCGAGUGGCAAGGCGGCAUGCCCACGCCAUCGCUACCCAGAGGCACUUCCUUCCUGCCAAACACUCAUAUGCAAGCAAACACAGCAGUGGAAGGGGCUUCUCGCGGUUGAUCGUGAUCCUCAGUGUGUUUGUGGGCUGCUGGAUGCCUUUCUCCCUCUGGGGGCUGCUAGGAGAUGCAUCCAGCCCUCCUCUGUACACCUAUGCCACCUUGGUGCCGGCGGCGGGCAGCUCGCUGCUGAACCCGAUACUCUACAGUCUAAGAAACAAAGACAUUCGUAAGGUGCUGCUCCAGGCCUGCUGCCCGCACAAAUGCACACAAAACACACACAUACACUACCCCGUCGAUGUGUAGACUGCCAAACCUCGCCAGACUCAAACCGCCACACAAUCUAUGCUAGACAUAUCACUGUUUGUGUGCCAAGAUACACA